CGCGGCCAGACAGCGAUAAUGCGGGGCACACGCGGAGCACUGGCGUUGCUGCUGGCGGCGUGCGUCGCGUUGCUGGCGCCAGCGCGGUGCGCCAGCAAAGGUGGCGGCGCUAGCGAGCAGCGGGAGCCGCAGGUGCAGACGGCCCUGGGCCGGCUGCGGGGCAGCGUGAUGACGUCACUGGACGGCCGGAACAUCCUGGCUUUCCGCGGAGUUCGCUACGCGCUGCCACCCGUCGGCGAACUGCGCUUCAAGCCUCCUUCACCUCCACAACCUUGGAAUGAUGUUAUAAAUGCUACACAAGAUGGAGCGCGGUGCCCAAAUGCACAGAGUGCAAAUGAUAGCUCAGAGGACUGCCUAUUUCUCAAUGUAUAUACAACCAAACUGCCAGAAGGCAGACAAAAUACUGGGAGGCCUGUGCUGGUGUUCUUCCACCCUGGAGGCUUCUACAGCAUGAGAGGCAGCAGUGACCUGUUUGGCCCUCAGUACCUCAUGGAUGAAGAUAUUGUUCUAGUCACUGUUAACUACCGGCUUGGUGCUCUAGGCUUCUUAAGUACUGGAGACUCUGUUCUUCCUGGCAACAAUGGAUUCAAAGAUCAGGUACAGGCUCUUCGAUGGGUGCAGCAAAAUAUUGCCUUCUUUGGUGGAGAUCCGAACAGUGUCACAAUUUCAGGGUACAGUGCUGGAUCAGCUAGUGUCUACCUGCAUAUGGUUUCUCCAAUGUCUAAAGGUUUGUUCCAUAAAGCAAUUGCAAUGAGUGGCGCUGUUCAGAAUGUAGUAGUUAAGGAUCCAUUACAACAAGCAAAAAGGCAAGCAAGACUAUUAAGUUGCCCUGAUGGGACUUCAGAGGAAAUUGUUAACUGCUUGAGAGGAAAAGAUGCUCAAGAAAUUGCUGAAACUCUAAGAGGAUUAGCAGAAUGGGGUUGGGAUCCAAUACGGGUGUUUGGAGCAGUUGUUGAAGAUGAUUAUCAAAAUGAAGCAGAGAGAUUUCUUACUGCUGAUCCAACAGAGCAGUUCCUUUCAGGGAAUUUUACACAUAUUCCACUAAUUACAGGAACCACUAAAGACGAAUUCAGUUGGAAAGCUUUGCAAAUUCUUCGCAACACUUCCUGGGCAGAAGAUAUGAGUGAAAAUUAUGAGAGAGUUUUUCCCAUAUCUUUCAUGUACGAACGGAAUACUCCACGAUCACGCCAAAUCAGCAGAGAGCUGAAAACUUUCUACCUCGGUACUGAACCAAUAACAAACAACUCCAGGAUUGGACUUGGCCAAUUGUAUGCUGAUGCUAUAGAAAUAUUUCCAGUUGACCGUAUUGCGAAGAUAAUAUCCAGAAGUAACACUUCACCAGUGUACUAUUACCAGUUUACUUACCAAGGAAGGUAUAGCUGGGUGUACAUUCCUGGAACGCUAAUACCUUAUGGUGUUGUGCAUCAUGAUGACCUGAUCUACUUGUUUUACAUAUCAGUGUUGUUUCCACCAUUCACCAGUACUGAUCCAGAAUAUACAACUGUUAAAAAAAUGACUAAAAUGUGGUCUAAUUUUGUUAAGACUGGCAAUCCAACAUCUGAAAGAAAUGAUUUUGUGAAUGUGGAGUGGCAAAACUUGACAACUUCAAGACAGGUGUAUCUGGAGAUAGGUUCACAGUUGACAAUGAAGAAUGGGCUAUAUUAUCAAGAUCGUAUGUCACUAUGGGAUAGCCUGUUUCCCUUAUCAACUAGUGGGCAUGACAGAAUUAAAGGACAUGGCCCUCAGAGAAAACAGUAAUGAUCUCUAAUAUGAUUACUAUGAAAUAUUUUAUGUAAUUCAAAGACCAAACAUUUACACUAAAAAAUAAAAAUGAGAAAAAUUGAAA